AACAUUUUAUUUACUUUGAAAAUGGCAUCCGAGCCAAGCACAAGACAAAAGCUCCACAGUAUAAUUGAUGAUAUGGAAUUAAUUUCAAAGGAAUUGAUUGAACAGUUGGCCAUGCCAAAAUCUCAGAGGAAAUCUGAUGUUCCAGACGCUACUGACCUGAUGGAGCUACUCAUUGAGAAAGAUGGGGAACUGAAAGAGCUGCUCAAAAUAGCCCAGGAACAAGAGAAGGUUGAGAAGGUGAUUGACAGUCUGAAGGUGGAGGUGGGCAAGAGGGAUGGGGAGAUACGUCAGCUACAGCGUGUUCUUAAGGAAGCUGAGACAAUCAUGGCAACGGCUGUGUACCAAGCCAAACAAAAACUGGCAGCUGUGAGACAGGCACAACAAAACAAAAUAUCUUCUGAAGAUCUCAUCAAGUAUGCACACAGGAUCAGUGCAAGUAACGCAGUAGCGGCACCGCCCACCUGGAGUCCUGGUGAUCCCAGGAGGCCGUACCCCACUGACCUAGAAAUGAGACACAGCUGUUUGUCCAUGGGAUCAUUCCCAGACACCACUACACUAAAUCCAGUCAUGAGAAUGUACUCUCAAGAAUCUCAGGCAUCGUCUCACCAUCAGACAACCCAGCCCAGCCUGGGUCACCAUCAACAGUCUUCACAGCAAGCAGGGAUGAGUCACCACCAACAGCCAUCUCAGCAGUCGGGUCUAAGUCACCAUCAACAUUCAUCCCAGCAGGCGGGCCUGGGUCACCAUCCUCAGCAAACACAUCACCACCAACAGCAGGGGAUUCCCCCUCCCUACUCCUGGCAGCCUUCACAAGAUGGCAGCCUGUCCUUGAACUCACACCACACCAUCGCAGAUAGCCUCAAGGGUCACUCUAAGGAGGAGGAUGAUGUGGAACUCAUGUCCAGCGACUCGUCCAGUAGUAGUUCAAGUGAUGAAUGAUGGAUGGAGCCAGAGGGGUGACGUGGGGG